AUGGCCGGCCGAGAAUCACAUCGUAUUAAAGAUGCCGAAAAGAAACGUGUCCUUGAUGAAGCCGCCCGCCAAAGACGUGCCCGCAAAGCCCUAGAAGCUUUAGAACAGGAUAAUUUUCACGAUGAUCCCCAUGCCGACUUGGUAAUGUCGAAAAAAGUUCCCAAAUUUCAAGAUAAUUUAAAAAAUUCCAAAGAGAAUCGUAAAUCAAAACGUAAAGGUCCUGAAUAUUACCGUGCUAAAUAUCGUAAAAAUUUUGCUCAACUUUUGGAUGAAGAAAAACAACAACACCCAGAUCCUCCCAACUACACGAGUGCUUUAGCUCCACCUCCCUCAAAACCUUCGAGGCAUUUUUGUGCUGUUUGCGGAAAUUUCUCAAAAUAUUCAUGCACAGCCUGUGGUACACGUUACUGUUGCAUUCGCUGUUUGGGCACACAUCAAGAUACGAGAUGUUUAAAAUGGACGGCCUAAAAAAUUAUAUGUACUUUAUGUAUUGAUUUAAUAAACUUUCUAAUUAAAAAGUAA